GAUGGCGAACUCGCUGCAGCCCGGUGUUGGCGCCGUGACCGAUUCGAGAUCCUCCAAACCGGACACCGAGAGCGAGUUCCUGACCCAGGUGGGCGCCGGUGCUGUACUGAGAGGCGCUCUCCUGCAGCUUUUAGAAGUCAGGUCCGAGGACCCCAUCGGUUUCCUGGCUGAUCAUUUUGAAAACCUGGCCCAGAGUUUGGAAAACGGCGAUUUGGGAUGCGCAGUGGAAGGAGGCAACAAGAAGCAGCACCAGCAAGCACUGCAGGAGUUCGAGGAGCAAAAGCAACACAGCAGAGCACUGUGGCACCUUACACAGGCACACCACUCGCAGAGAUCUGCGUUCGACAACAACGUGGCCGUGGCGUUCUCGCUCCUCUCGCGGGACGGCAGGAAGAGGAAGCCGGGGCUGAAGGGCAGGGUGUACACGGAGCUGCUGCGGCGCGUCUGCAGGGACGGGGGCGUGGCCGAGCCCGUCUCCGCCCCCCUGAUCAAGAAGCUCCGCUGCCAGGACCACGAGGCCGUGCCCUUCGACCUCUUCCGCCACGCCGUGCUUGCCUGCUUCGUGUUCGCGGACUUCGUGCGGAAAUCCCGCUCGCUGUUCGAGACCGUGUCCCAGUCCGACGGGAGCCUGUGCCGGGCUGUGCUGGGCUCGCUGCGGGACGCCCUGGAGACGAUGGGCUGCUCCGACCCGGCCAGGUACCUGGAGGCCAGCGCCAAGCUGACCCCCGGCAGGCUAGCCCAGGCCAUGGACCGAGCGCAGACCCUGGCCAGCGGCACGCCCAGCACGCUCAUGAGCCAGGAGGAGUUCAUUGAGGAGGCCUCGGCUCUGAUCAUCAGCAGGGUGAAGCUGGUCUCCUGAAUCCCUGCUAAGGUGCUGGAAGAUCACAGAAUGAGUCCAGCAACCCAGAGAGGGAAACCCCCAUUGCGUAGCAGUGUGAGGAUCCAUUCCUGGUUUUUAACAAGGCGCACAUUAGCGUGUUAUCUCUACACUGUGGCUAAUUAAAACCUGGAAUGGGUGUGAAACUGCUCUGCAUUAGGAGUCUUAUUUCCAUCCCUAUAUCAAUCUGUUUUUUCAUGUUCGUUAUCUUUUACCUGGAUCCCAGAUGUGCAGUUUUGAAAGAAACACAUGUUACAGCAAAUAUUUCAACUUGCACUUCAGCGUUUGCAAGCCUUUUAAAUUAUGUAAUUUUUUUUUAUGGUUGUUAUUCAUUAAAUAUUUUUGUAUUAUUUUGCUGAUGUAAAUAUAAGUCAACUAUAUUUAGACAAGUUUAAAACAAUGACGUGAAUAAAUCAGCGCUGUACGAUUCUGCACGCCACGGUCCGAACUGGACAACUAAUAAAACCGAAAG